AUGAACUGCUUCCGCAACUCAUUUCCUCUCCCCCUCGCCAUCUUUCUUGUUGCCGUUCUUGGUGGCGGAGCCAUCAUUACUAUCUACUACAGUCAUCUUGAGAUCGUUCCUUACACGAAGCGCUCCCACUUUGUCCUCCUCUCUCAUUCCCUUGAGCGACGGCUCGGCGAAUUCGUGUUUCAGCAGCGCAAGAACAACCUCAAGAACGACAUCCUUCCCUCCACACAUCCCGAUAGCGUUCGUGUCAGCUGCAUUGCCAAGAAUAUCAUCGAAGCCCUUCAACGAGGUCUCCGCCAUGACAAGCGGCGCCGUGGUGAUCUAGAUAAGUCCAAGGAGGAGACACGCCAUUUGGAGGGAUUGAAUUGGGAGGUGCUUGUGGUGAAAAAUAAGAAUGUCAAUGCCUAUUGCGUGCCGGGUGGCAAGAUUGUAGUUUUCACAGGACUUCUUGAUCAUUUGAGGACGGAUGCUGAGAUUGCCACCGUAAUUGGUCAUGAGAUUGCCCAUGUUAUUGCUCACCAUUAUGUGGAGAAAGUUACAAAGGAAUUGGUGUUUGCAGUCGUCCAACUGUUUCUUCUACAAUUCAGUGACAUUGCCUAUAUUCCUGAUGCAAUGUAUAAAUUUUUGCUGCAAUUGCCCUUCUUGAGAAGGAUGGAAAAAGAGGCGGAUUAUAUCGGUCUUUUGUUGAUGGCUUCUGCUGGAUAUGACCCACAUGUGGCACCAAGUGUUCAUGAAAAACUUGGACAGAUCACCAAACAAACUUCAAGGCCUAAAUAUCUUUCAACUCAUCCUUCACCCAAAAAAAGAGCAGAACUGUUGUCUCAGGCAGAAGUGAUGGAAGAAGCACGUUCUGUUUACCGCGAUGCGGUUGCCGAUCAUGUUGUUUCUGCAGAUUUUCUAUAG